AAAAGCAAACCGACGAGCGGAUAAGGCGAAAUACCAGAAAAGCAGCAGCGAAAAACACGAAAAGCCAGAAACAGAAGCCAAAACCCAAAAACCGAAACAACUCGAACUUCGUGCAGUGUGGCUGAAAACUGAAAACUGAAAGCCGAGAAAAAGCAAAAGAAACAGAAGCACAGAAAAAGAAGCGAAUCGAAGCGUAAAUAAACAGAGACAAAUUAAAGCGAACGCCAAAAAGAGGUUUUUCCGGAAAACGCGCGGAAAAGUGAAUUUCAAUUUUUUUUAUUCAUUGGUCGAGUGAAAGUUUGGGGGCCCACGCCCACCUGCGCCCACAAACCCACAAAAUGAACCGUUCGAACAGCUUUGUGAGCUCCCUGAAAUGGUGGCCCCUCCAGGGGCACAACAACCAGCCGGCGGCAGCGGUGGCUCCACCUACCGGCGGCGGCGGCGGCGGGUACUCCCAAUCGGCGCCCAGCUCGCCCACCUCCAACUGGCCGCCGCCACUGCAGCAGCACCAGAAUCCCACCACAGGCCAGCGGCUGCUGCUGCCGCCCACCGCCCACCAGAAGGUCGCCGGCGUCACCUUCGGCAGCAGCGUGGCCGUCCAGAAGCUGCGCGAAUCCAAGUGGUUCAAGCCCGAGGAGCAGCGCAUCUUCUGCGCCGUCGUCGAGUGCGGCUUCGUCGUCGAGAUCCGCAGCAGCGCCGCCGCGGAGGCAGCGGCGGCCAGUGCAGCAGCAGCGGCCGCAGCAGCCGCCGACCGCGACGACGGCGACGUCGACGCCCUGGAGGAGCUCGACUGCGCACCGCCCCUGCCCACCAUCGCCACCAUGAGCACCACCACCCCACCAAUCCACAUCCAGAACCACAGCCCGAAACCGCGGCUGGUCAUCCCGCGCAACGGCAGCAGCUUCCUGGAGACGCAGGACGAGAACGAGACGCCAGUCGCCUCCUGGUACGGCAUCGUCCUCUGCAAGGUGGCCAAAGACAAUAAACCCAAGCCCGAGACCAUUGAGAUAUUUUCUGUGAAAAUACGCGAGAAUGGCACAUACAAACUAAUCAAGAUGCAGCUGGCGGACAUUUGGAGCCACGGAUGGGAGUUGCGCAUCAAUAACUUCGCCGACAAGGAGAAGGUGCCGCACAACGAAAAGGACAUUCGCAAUCAGGUGUCGGUGGCGCGCAAGGCCAAGCAGAGUCUGUGGAACAAUAACAAGCAUUUCGUCUACUGGUGUCGAUACGGAAGUCGUCAGCAGGAUCUGCGGAAGCGACAGAUGUCGGAGUGCGUGAAAUGGGGCAGCGUGGGCAUGAAUGCGGGCAUGCUGUUGGUGCUCAAUAAUCGGCAGAAAUGCUAUUCCCACUCCAAGUAACUCUAGUAACUCUCCAACUAGAAAGCCCCUCUUGAUUUUCCAUUUCAAGCAUAUAUACCUAUACCUAUGCCUAUAUAUAUAAUAUAUAUUAUAUAGAGUAGAGACCACAGAACGAUUUUCUACAGCAAACAAGUAUUAAAGUAAAUUCGGAUGAUAAGAUAAUUUAUGGCUUAAGAACGCCAAGGGCAGUGGAAAAAACCAAAUGCAAAUAUACGUAUUAAGUGCAAAGAUAGCCAAGAAAAUUUAGAUCAGGGCGACGGAGGGCUUUUUUGGCAGUAUUAAUUAUUGAAACGAAAAAAAUUCAAUUAAAAUAUUUAAAAGAAAAGCAGAGCAAAGCAAGAAAUCCAAAACAUGCGUCAUACGUCACAACACUACUACAGUCCCGCCCAUGAUUGUAAAGCUGCUGCAACUCGAGCCACAAUUCGAGCUACAAUUUAUCAAAUACUUUUGUAUUUACAAUUGUCUAUUUAUGACACAGAACGAGAGAGAGAGACACACAACACACACUGUGAAAUUCGAAAAGACUUAUUAAAUAUUUGUUUGUUUUUUUUGUCCUAAUUUUUUGUUUUUUUUUCCCAUGUGAUUAAAUACGUAUACAUUAUUAUAUAUAUUUAUACAUUGUGAAUGGCAAGCAUAUACAUACAUAUAUAUAUAUUGCAAGGCAACAUUUUUGUUUUCUUUGUUAUUUAAGCGUAAUUAAGAGAUCUAUUAUAUACCAUAUAUGCAAGCCCGAAUCAAAAAGGGCGAAAAUCAAGCGAAAACUCUACGUAGCCAGCAUAAUAAUUUAGCAUUGUAAAACAAUCAAAACAUUCGAAAUGUUUCGUUAUGUAUUUAGCUCUUUAUGACCGACAAACCCCAAGACGACGACUCAGAACCGAAACAGAAAAUCAGAAAAACAGAAUACCCAAGCAAAAAUUACAAAAAUAUUUUUGUACAUAGGGAAACUGGACUGAAAAAAACGACGAACUCUUACAGUACGAAAAUCAAAUGAGAAAAACGUUUACAAAAUUACAAAAGAAAAUAUAAAAAAAGUAAAGUAAAAAACGGUAGUUCGUAAGCUAUAUAUACAUUAUUACUUAUUUUGUUUAAGUUUUGUCUUUUUUAAGCAAUUUAUAAAAUAUUUAUGGUAGUCUUAUAUACAUUUCGACAAUGUGAGGAAAUUUGAAUAUGAAACGUUUGUAAAAUGCUUUAUAUUGAUAUUAUUAUAUUAUUAUUAAAUGUUUACCAACGGAUAAAACAA